UGGCAUCCAAAGGACGUAUGCUCUCGAAGAACACCAGUGUUGAGCGAACGUUUUCCCUCCCCUCAAACCCUUCCACGCCUGGCUCCUUCCUUCUGCCCUCCUACCCUCUGGCUACACGCUCAGGGGUCAUGCUUACCCCGACUCUGUCCCGUCGUCACGCAGACUCCUCCGUCUCCAUGUCAAACACCUGGCCCUACAAGAGAGAGAGCAGCCCCCAUCAGGGAGAAACCAGCUCCUGGUCAGAGAAAGCAGGCACAGCUAACGAGGAACUCUCCAACAGGCGGUCUCCCAGGCCUCUUCGAGCCCCACUCUUGAGCUCCUCUUCCGCCUCAUCGUUCAGGCGAGCGUUGAGCAACACCAGAGCCACCUUCUCCAUCUCRCCAGUUUUCCCUCCASCAGAWCAAGGCCAUUCUCAUAAUGGCCAGAGAUCCAAUACUUCAGCCAGCCCUCAGAACCAGCAGAUGGACCCAGAUGMUGCCUGGCAGGAUCUUCAAGAAGAUGAACCUCUAGACAUGCAGGAGAUGCUGAACUCCCUGCGCUCUUUGAGGAAUAGCGCUGCCAAGAAGAGGGCCAAAGUGAGCCACAACAGUCCAGAUCCAGACAGCCCUGACUCAGCUGUCAGGCUGGACUUGGGUCUGGACUCACCAUCACACACUUCUCCAGUGCUUACCAGCUCAGCGAGUGAGAGUGGACUUUCCAGUCUGAGCUCAGUUGCCAACUCUGGCUUCAGUGGCAUGAAAACCAGUCCCAGAAACUCUGCCUCUUCUGUAAUGAAACCUCGCAUUGCAAGAGUGCCUUCUUCCAAACUGAGGUCUUCAGUGUCUAUGGACUUCAGUGGCCUUCAAGUAAUGUCCCAGAGAACUGAGCUGCCAUCUGAGGUGGGUGUCGUCGGGCAGAGGGUUUCUUGUUGCAARGGUACAAUCAAAACCGAGGAAGAGAAAACGGGUCCGUCGCCUCCUCUGGUCAAACCGGCCGUUCYUGAAUCAGUCAGAGCUUUAAAGCUUCCUAAAGGACUCCAGAGUAACAUCAACAGUAGGAACUCACCUYGCUCAGACAUGCCUGACGGAGUGAUAGGAAGAGGCAUGUUUGCAGCUUCCUCCGACUUUCCUGGAGUUGUUCUGUCACUUGAGCAGGGUGAUCUGGCAGCCAAGCCUUCCAGUGAUUCCUCAGCAGGCAUUUACAGCAGUCAACCUGACAGCGACAACAAUUCACAUCAGGCUAAAGGGAGGAUGAAGAAUGUGAGGACUGGUCGAGAUAAAACGAGGCAACAGCAACUCGAUCAACCAGAGGGACAAGAGGACCAAAUGAGAGAGAAGAUUCGCCUCCGUGUCAAACAGAUGUUUUCUGAUUCACCUACAGAACAGAAUAAAGAACAAGUCAUGAAAGAUCUACAUCUGAAUGGCAGCAUACUGACGUCGUCUACCAAAGCGGACCCUCUCUUUGACGAGUCCCCCAUCAGUCCUGCCAGCCCUCAAAGUCCAAGAAAGCGCUUCACCCCACCCCACCAACCGAGCCCCCCUGCAGUGCCUCCUAACCCAAAAAAUGUGUCCCGUCUUAGAAGAGCGCCUAGCCUCACCAGAACCCGACCUUCUCACAGUUCAGAUGAACUGUGCCACGCUACAAUAAGAAAGAAAAAUCUCUCGGAGCCUCCAGAUCUUUGUCCCUUUUCAAAGCCUGACCUGGCGCUGACCCAGAGUUUCAACUUGCUGAGCUCAGAGGACUGGGAAAAGAAGAUCGAGGGUCUAAUGUUCCUGCGCUCUCUGGCCUACAACCACUCAGACACACUUCAAGGCCGACUGCAUGAAGUUUGUCUGUCUCUCGUUCAAGAGGUGAGGAACCUGCGGUCAGGUGUGUCUAGGGUUGCGGUGUGUACACUUGGCGACCUGUACACACACCUGCAGAGGGCUAUGGACCAGGAACUGGAGGAGACAGUUAAGGCUCUGCUGCACAAAGCGGGGGAGAGUAACACCUUUAUGAGGCAGGAUGUGGACACAGCGCUGGACUCCAUGGUGCAGCACUGCACCCCGACUCGUAGCAUCGCUGCUUUGCUCACCGGAGGGCUGAGUCACCUUAGUCCAAUGGUGAGGAAAUGUACAGCUCAACACUUGGCUAAUCUGGUAGAGAAGGUCGGUGUUGCUCGUCUCCUGUCUGGAAACAAAGACCUCACAGAAAGAUUUUUAUCUGCCGUCACUAAACUUUCACAAGACUCCUCUCAAGAGGCCAGGUACUUCGGUCGUCGAAUGCUGCUGUCCAUGUCGUCUCAUCCUGACUUUGACAAGAUCUUGGAGAAAUAUAUUCCAACCAAAGACCUGCAGACUGUCAGAGACACUCUUUUGACACUCAAGACAAAGGGUGAGCUGGCCCAGGACACUCAGUCUGCCAGGGGGAGACGCUCCCUUCCAGGCAGUGGUACUGUCAGAGCUUCAUCCCUCAAUGGAGAACCAGUCAACCAGACCAACAAGGAGUCUAACAGCCGCAGCAGCUAUAAAAAUCAGACCCAGAGUAUUGCAGACAAGACUGAGUACAUAAAGCAGAUCUCUGGUCUGCUGGGUUCAAAGGACUUCAGAGAGCGGAUCAAAGGCAUCGACCAGCUAGUGGCUGACUGUGAAAACAACCCCAGUAUAGUCAUCAAUAGUAUAUUCCCGGUGUUUGAUGCCUUCAAAGACAGACUGCAGGAGUCCAACAGCAAGGUUAACCUUUAUGCCCUGGAGUCCCUGCAGAAAAUCACCUAUUUGCUGAAGGACAGCUUGUCCCAAGUGGUCACCAUCCUGAUCCCAGCAAUCGUGGACAAUCACCUCAACUCCAAGAAUAAUGCCAUCUAUUCUGCUGCUAACGGAGCUAUUAAUGCACUUACUUCGAAUCUCGACAACAGUCUACUUCUACAGCCUUUCUGCACCAAGGCACGGUUUUUAAGUGGUAAAGCAAAGGUGGACCUGAUCGAAAAGGUUGCAGGCCUCGUCACGGAGCUGUACCCUCGCAAGCCACAAAUGGUGGAGCAGAAAGUCUUGCCCUUGCUAUGGCACCUGCUGGGCACCUCCAGCCACAGCGGCACCGUUCACGGCAGGGGCGGCAGCGUGAGGGGCGCCACGGCCAACCUGUGCCAAGCCCUCUACGCCCAGAUGGGGCCGAGCCUGAGCGAGUGUGCCGUCUCCCAGCCCAUCAGUGUCAUUAAAGGGUUAAACGAGGUCCUGAGGACCUUAUCUUAAAGACAAAUCUGAAUCCAGACGUGUUUGAAAGUGGAAAGAGAACAUUACCACUGACUUUACUUGAAGAAAGAGAUGUUCUGCAUUUCUUAUAGUGCCUGCACUUUUAUAUCCACAACAAUAAAGUCCUUAAAGUUUCAACAGUGAUAUUUCCUCUGGUACAGAAACAUCGGGUCUUACACACACACACACACACACACACACACCGCUGUCUUUGCACUUUGAAAAGUAGCUCUUUGUCAUAGCUUUUCUCCAUCGAGUACUGUUGACUAAUCAGACACUUUGACAGAAUGUAAAACUGAAAUGCACAAAAAGACGAGGAAGACAGGGAACCUAAAGGUGUAUAUUUUUGCUGAUGUAAUAUUUUUCUGAAAUGUCAUGUAGACGAUUUGUGUAAUGAGAUUAAUAUUAGUACGAAACAUUUUUAAACAGCUCAGUUGUGUAUUUGCACAGUAUUAGUGUCACAUGUACGUACUUUGUAUAAUGUUUCAGUUAUAAUUUAUUGUAUAAUGGUCUGAGUCUCAUAUUAAUGAUGUGUUGAGUUGGUACCGUUUGUCUUUGUUUUUAAUUGCAUGACCAAAUUUUCCUGGCAGAAUCCAAACUGUAUUUUUGUGAAUGAAACGUGUACACUAAUGCCUAGAUCAAAGAUGGUUUCACCUGCUGCUCCUUUAUGAGGAAAGGAGUUUUACUCCUCAGGUUUCCUGAGGAACAUUGAGAGGUCCGGUUUGUUUCUGUCUCGGUAUCGUGCCAGUCUUCUAAUAGCCUUUUAACUCCGCUGUUGUUAAAUUAUAUUUAAAUGCUUUGUGAACGACAGGAAAGAGAUAUACGAAUAAACAGAUUUAUUUCUCUAAAACUAA